CCUCUGUGUUUUUUUACCAAAGCGACGCCGUUUUGGAAGCUACAGUGAAUCGUCUCUUCAAAGGAGAGAGAGAAGCAUCUCUCUUUGUGGAUACAAUUUUGGGAAAGUGAGUGAGAGACGAAAGAUCAUCAAACCAUGGCUGCUGCUACAUCUUCUUCCUCUGCUUUCCUCCUUAACCCGUUGACUUCUCGCCACCGUCCUUUCAACUACUCUCCACAGCUAGCUUCUCUCUCCUUAUCCUCUAGAAAGGCGGCUGCUUUCACGCUUAAUAGCCAGCGCCAGAGGUGUGAGGAUGUUGUGUGCAAGGCUGUGUCUGCGAAGGUAGAAGCUGGAGUUGAAAGUCUCAACAUCGCCGAGAAUGCCGCUCAGCUUAUUGGGAAAACUCCAAUGGUGUACUUGAACAAUAUAGUCAAGGGCUGUGUUGCAAGUGUUGCUGCUAAGCUUGAGAUCAUGGAGCCUUGUUGCAGUGUCAAAGAUAGGAUUGGGUAUAGUAUGAUCACUGAUGCUGAGGAAAAAGGACUUAUUACACCUGGAAAGAGUGUUCUUGUGGAAUCUACAAGUGGAAACACAGGGAUAGGUCUUGCCUUUAUCGCUGCUUCAAAGGGAUAUAAACUUAUCUUGACAAUGCCUGCGUCCAUGAGUUUGGAGAGAAGGGUUCUUCUGAGGGCGUUUGGAGCUGAGCUUGUGUUGACUGAGCCUGCCAAAGGCAUGACUGGUGCUAUUCAGAAGGCUGAAGAGAUUUUGAAGAACACUCCAAACUCCUACAUGCUCCAACAGUUUGAUAACCCAGCCAAUCCCAAGAUUCAUUACGAGACUACUGGUCCUGAGAUUUGGGAAGAUACAAGAGGCAAGGUGGAUAUACUGGUUGCUGGAAUUGGAACUGGUGGAACCAUUACUGGUGUUGGUCGGUUCAUUAAAGAAAGAAAGCCUGAACUCAAGGUUAUUGGUGUUGAACCCACAGAAAGUGCAAUACUUGCUGGAGGAAAACCAGGACCUCACAAGAUUCAAGGGAUUGGAGCUGGGUUUAUUCCUAAGAAUUUGGAUCAGUCUGUUGUAGAUGAAUACAUAUCGAUUUCUAGUGAUGAAGCUAUUGAAACUGCAAAGCAACUAGCUCUACAAGAAGGCUUGUUGGUUGGUAUAUCAUCAGGAGCAGCUGCUGCAGCUGCAAUCCAGGUCGCAAAGAGACCUGAAAAUGCCGGGAAACUCAUAGCUGUUGUGUUUCCGAGCUUUGGGGAACGUUACCUCUCGACAAUGCUUUUCCAGUCAAUCCGAGAAGAGUGCGAGAAAAUGCAGCCUGAGAUUUGAAUUUCCUCUCGUAGUUUCUUGACCUACAAGGAACCUCUUCUUUGUAUUUCUUUCUUGUUUUCUCCCUCUCGCUAUGUCAAACUGUAUAUUUGCAUUUUACAAUGUGCAACGAAAUUGGUGUUUAUUUAAUAAAAUAAAUGCAAUAAGGCGUAAUUAUUCCUU